AUGGAAACACAUACAUUUAAAAAAGGCAAAGAAAGCUAUCCAUUUGUGUUCAAUGACAUCAUGGGUCUGGAGGACGGAGAUGGAAGAGGAGUCAGAGCAGACGACAUCAAACUGGCCUUGAAGGGACAUGUGAAGGAUGGUUAUAAGUUCAAUCCUGUAUCUUCUCUUUCUCAUGGUGAUCCUGGCUUCAUCUCUUCCCCGUCCAUCAGUGACAGAGUUCAUGUUCUGGUCUGCAUUUAUGACGCUAAUGCACCAGAAAUGAAGCAGGAUGUUUUAAAGAAAAUGAGGGAAAUCAGAGAAGCAGCCAGUGAUCUGGGAAUCCCUCAGAUGGCGAUUCUCACCCACAUUGAUGCAGCCUGUGGGGAAACACAAAAAAAUCUGAGAAACGUCUACAAGAGCACAUAUUUAAAGAAAAAGAUGGGUGACUUCAGCUCCAGGCUGGGGAUUCCAAUGAACUGCAUCCUCCCAGUGAAGAACUACAGUCAUGAAACUCAGCUGAAUCCAGACGUCGACGAUCUGAUCCUGAGUGCUCUGAAGCUGAUGGUUGACUUUGGAGACGACUACGCUGACAAACUGUGAAGCCACAAAACUGUUUGUGGGGAUGUGCAUGAAAAUCAAAGUAGCGGCAUUGUUUAUAUUAGUGAAAAAUUAUCUAACACCAAAUUAUAUAAAUUUUUCAUUUAAAAUUUACACUGUUAAAAAUAUUCUGCUCUUUCUACUUAAAGGAAUGAAGGCAACUAUUUGCAUAAUCUAUUCAUGUUGAUCAAUCAAGACUGUUCUUUGUUUAAAGUACAUUAUUUCUUUACAUGAAAAAUAAAAUUCAAGUAAAGUGAACUUAACUUUAAGUAGAUUAAGCAAAACUGAACUUUGUAUAAACUACCAAACUGUUCAAUGUAGUAAAUAAAAUUUGGAAGUACAUUGUAAAAUCUAACAUAAUUAUGCAAACAAGUUGUCUAAAAAAAAUCAACACAUUUUUUUAAAACAUGAAAUGUUAGUAUAUGAAAGUUGUACAUCCACCUUUUAUUUGUCUCUGCUUAAACUUUACUAUUUUUUUUUUUCAUUCAAAAUAGUUUAUUGGUGCUUGGGAUAUUUUUAACAUGAUAUUGCAAAGUUAUACAAAAAUUUUAACUUUUCUCUUAUAUACAAUUAAACUCUGCUUAAAAUUAAACAGAAAUUAUAGAAAAACCUAAUCACUUGCAAGGCUUCAGGAUCAGGCAGAGUGGGUUGACAGUGAGCAUACAACAAAUAACUCAUGGUGCAGUUUAAGGUAUGCAAAUAUAAAUGCUAAACACUAGCCAAUAAGAGCUCUACUGCUCUGAAAGUGUCUCAUUCUUAAAAGGUUUUGUUGGCUCUAGUGGGCUUUAUUUGAAAGUAACUUGGCAGGACAUAGGGUAAUGAGAAAACAUGUGGAAAUGUCACCAGGCUGGGAAUUGAACCUGCAACCACCACCAUGAGAGCUAAGGCCUCCAUAUGUGGGCUGUGCUUUGCCCCUGUGCCACCACAGCGUCUUGUUCUUGAUGAAGUGGCUGCAUAGAUGAAGCUUUAGCAUCUAUGUUUUCACCUUAAACAUCUUAGAACUGAUUUUUGUAACAAAUAAAAAAGUGGUUUAACUCGUUGCUGCUGGUGGCCCAAUGCAUUGUGGGAUACCUUGCUGAUCAAUCCCUACUGUACCGUAUAACCAGUGUCCUAAAGAAAAUUAAAAAACAUAAAAACAAAUGAA